AUGUCAGUCCGAUGUCGUCCUGUCUCGACCGAGUCUGUGUCCUCCGAUCAACAGUCAUUUCUUAGUAGUCGAAAGACAUCUCAUGGAAAUGUCCGAAACACGAAUACGGGACUAUCUGUGCCAUUGACCAGCGACGAAAGCUCCAUCUACAAUGCUGCGAGAGCGGGUUCGGUGGACGACCGUUAUUCAUUGACUCGUAGCACUGAUAACCCCAUGGACGAAAUCUUAGACACUGGGAUAGCAGCGAAUAUGGCCAUGUUCAUUCCUUUAGCCCUUGAAGCACAUGCUUCUCAUGCUCUCUGUCUCUCAAAGGAGCAGAUGAUCAAAGGUCCAAUGCGGGACUCGCAUCCGUUAUCAGACAACUGCGUCGCAGCGACCGCGAGGUAUGACGACAAGUCUGAACUUGUUUUGUCGGACGUCUCAUUGAAGAAGCACUCUCGCGAUAAGGCUCGUCAUCGUAAAGUGGCUAGUCUCAAUGACGUAGACGACGUCCAACGAGUUCCCAGAUGGCCAGGACGUAAAGGGUCGCCAGUGCGUCCUGCUAUUCCGCGAUUUUCUCCACCAUAUAGAUCACCCACACCUCCGGGCCUUCCAUCUUUCGGAAGUCCUGAAGCGAUGUCCUACUCUACCCAGUUCUUCGUUCGGUCCUUUGUUCGCGAGGGACAUAUCCAACAGAGAGCUCCACAAACCACAGGUACACUCACUUCGAAUGGUGGAGGUGUGGCAUCUUAUGGGGAAACCUUGCGCAGGCUCUUCGGACUCUCUUCUCCCGCCCCUCCUCGGCCUACUAGACAGCCGAUCCCCGUUGCAAGGGCUGAAGAUGGUACGGCAGUGCUAGGACGCUUUCCCUAUCGGCAUAGCGCCCAUGGUACGAGCUUGGUCAGACGACUGGACGACCAUCCUUUCCACCGGAGAGCGCUUCCUGCGGCUGAUUGUGAGACUGUCGAGGAGGAAAGAGACGCUAACCGUUCGAAUGAAUAUGGUACGAGGUUCGUGAAGCCCACAAGCUUAGUGCAAGUCGAAGCAUCAAUGCCGCUGAAGAGACUCAUCAUUUCGAUUCUUCCAGUGUCACGCCAGCAAUACCUAAACCGGCCGUGA